GCGAGCGCGCCGGGCAGCCGAGUGUGCAAAAGCGCCGGUGCCAAUUUUGGACUGGGCUUUCUUUUCUUUUUCUUUUGGGGGGGGGUUUGUCUCCUUCGCCAAUUCUCGACACUUCUUGAUCCUCCUUGCGGGGGGUUUGGGUUCUGUCCCGACGUGCAGGAGAUUCUCUCUCUCUCUCCCACCCACCCGCCCACCCACCUCCCACUCCCCUCCUCCGGCCAACCCACCGCCUUGAGCGCUUCUUUCUGGGCAAGGAAGCUCGCUUCGGGAUGCUGCUGCUGUCCUUGUGCCUCUUGGCCGCCGCCGCGCUGGAGAGAUCCGAGACCUCGGCGGAUGAACGCGCUACUCACCAGGAAACUGUUCAAACAGAAACAACAAAGCACAGCCUAAAACCAUAUGCCUUAACCAUCCCAGUCCGCAGCAGCGCAGACGGAAGCUACGUUUCCAACUUUGUUUCCGUAAGACAUGUGAGAAGAUUAGUAAGGGAAGUUUCGCCAACCCAACCCAAGGAACUCUACUUCAAUGUAUCCGCUUUUGGGAGAGAAUUUCACCUCCGACUGCGGCCUAACACUCGUCUGAUAGCUUCUGGUGCAGUGGUGGAAUGGUAUGAAGAUUCUCCAUUGUCCUACAAUGACACAGAAGAGGUUCACCAGGAUCGAGGUGAGGGGGUCACGGAGAGGCUAUGGAAAAAGGAAUCCCUACGGACCAACUGUGCUUACAUUGGCGAUCUGGUGGAUGUCACAGGAGCUUCUGUCGCCGUGAGCAACUGUGAUGGCCUGGCUGGCAUGAUCAAAGUUGGUGAAGAAGAAUUUUUCAUUGAGCCGCUGGAGAAAGGCCAACAAAUGGAAGAAGAGAGAGGACGUCUUCACAUGGUUUAUAGGAGGUCAGCAAUAGCACAGAGUUCAUCCGAUAUUCUUCCUGAUUUCCAAAGUAAAGAACCUGAUCUACUCAGUCUGGAGCCGACCUAUGCAAGAAUACAGCAGGAUCUGAACGAAACUCUCAGGCGACGCAGACACGCCGGAGAAAAUGACUACAACAUUGAGGUUCUCCUUGGAGUAGAUGAUUCCGUGGUCCGAUUCCACGGCAAAGAACACGUGCAGAACUAUCUUCUCACCCUGAUGAAUAUUGUGAAUGAAAUUUAUCACGAUGAAUCUCUCGGCGUCCACAUAAACGUUGUGCUGGUUCGUAUGAUGAUGUUAGGUUAUGCCAAGUCCGUCAGCCUCAUUGAACGAGGAAACCCAUCCAGAAGCUUGGAGAACGUGUGUCGCUGGGCAUACCAGCAACAAAGAACAGACCCCAGUCAUUCAGAACAUCACGAUCAUGCGAUCUUUCUCACCAGGCAAGACUUUGGACCAGCCGGCAUGCAAGGCUAUGCUCCCGUCACAGGCAUGUGUCAUCCAGUGAGAAGCUGCACUCUAAACCACGAAGAUGGGUUUUCUUCUGCUUUUGUGGUUGCCCACGAAACGGGUCAUGUGCUAGGGAUGGAGCACGAUGGACAAGGGAACCGAUGCGGGGAUGAGACAGCGAUGGGAAGCGUCAUGGCUCCCUUGGUUCAAGCAGCUUUCCACCGAUACCACUGGUCCCGUUGCAGUGGCCAGGAACUCAAAAGAUACAUACAUUCUUACGAUUGUCUCCUCGAUGACCCUUUUGAACAUAAUUGGCCGAAACUUCCUGAGUUGCCGGGGGUCAGUUAUUCCAUGGAUGAGCAAUGCCGCUUUGAUUUCGGAGUGGGCUACAAAAUGUGCACUGCGUUUCGAACCUUCGAUCCGUGUAAACAGUUGUGGUGCAGUCAUCCGGACAACCCUUAUUUCUGCAAGACUAAGAAAGGCCCUCCUCUUGAUGGGACAGAAUGUGCCACUAGUAAAUGGUGCUAUAAAGGUCACUGCAUGUGGAAGAACACAAACCAGUUGAAACAAGAUGGCGGCUGGGGCGGUUGGACAAAAUUUGGCUCCUGCUCCAGGACCUGCGGAACUGGCGUUCGCUUCAGAACACGACAAUGCAACAAUCCCAUGCCUCUGAAUGGGGGUCAAGACUGCUCCGGUAUCAACUUUGAGUAUCAGUUGUGUAACUUGGAUGAAUGUCCGAAGCUUUACGAAGAUUUCCGAGCCCAACAGUGUCAACAACGCAACUCCCAUUUCGAAUAUCAAAACAGCAAACACCAUUGGCUUCCAUAUGAGCACCCAGAUGCCACCAAGAGAUGUCAACUCUACUGCCAGUCCAAAGAGACCGGUGGCAUUGCUUACAUGAAACAACUGACCCACGAUGGGACUCGCUGUUCAUACAAAGACCCCUUCAGUAUAUGCGUCCGUGGAGAAUGUGUGAAAGUUGGUUGCAACAGAGAGAUUGGAUCCAACAAAGCUGAAGACAAGUGUGGAGUGUGUGGAGGAGACAAUUCACAUUGCCGGACGGUGAAAGGGAUCUUCACCAGAACCCCUAAAAAAUCUGGGUACCUUAAGAUGUUUGACGUCCCGGCGGGUGCUCGACAUGUGACGGUCCAAGAAGAUGAGGCUUCCCCUCACAUUCUUGCCAUUAAGAACCAAGCCACUGGCCACUACAUCCUAAAUGGCAAAGGGGAACGAUCCACUUCUCGUUCCUUCAUCGACUUUGGCUUAGAAUGGGAAUACCACAUAGAAGAUGGUAUAGAAACCCUUCAGACAGAUGGGCCUCUGCAUGAUGCUAUCCUUGUUCUGGUAAUUCCUCAGAAUAACAACACCCAAUCCAGCCUGAUUUACCGAUACAUAAUUCAUGAGGAUUCUGUGCCCAAUGUCAGCAGUAACAAUGUCCUUCAAGAGGAACUGGACACCUUCGAAUGGGCUUUGAAGAGUUGGUCCCAGUGCUCCAAACUCUGUGGAGGAGGUUUCCAAUACACCAAAUAUGGAUGCCGCAGGAAAAGUGAUAACAAAAUGGUGCAACGGGGCUUCUGUGAUGCCAGUAAGAAGCCUAAACCGAUUCGUAGGAUGUGCAACCUUCAGGAAUGCACGCAGCCAUUCUGGGUAGCAGAAGAAUGGGAGCACUGCACCAAAACCUGUGGGACGUCCGGUUACCAAAUCCGAAGCGUACGUUGCGUCCAGCCGCUUCACGAUAACGCAAACCGCUCCGUCCAUUUUAAGUACUGCAGUGGAGAACGCCCGGAAAGUCGCAGGCCUUGUAACAGAACGCCGUGUCCGGCUCAGUGGAAAACAGGGCCUUGGAGUACAUGCUCGGUCACCUGUGGUGAAGGGACAGAAUCCAGGCAGGUGUCAUGCCGGACAGGUGAUCAGUGUGAUGGAGAAAAGCCAGAAUCCAUGAGGGUUUGCAAACUUGCACCCUGUAACGAUGAACCUUGUCAAGGAGACAAAUCGAUCUUCUGCCAGAUGGAAGUGCUAGCUCGAUACUGCUCCAUCCCGGGCUAUAAAAAGUUAUGCUGCGAAUCCUGCGGCAAACGUAGCAGCAACCUUCCUCUUCCUUUCUACAGCGAAGCCGCCGAAACCGAAGAGGGUUUCAUCACCAGCCCCACUGUCCUUCCAAAGUCUUCGGUCACUCCGACUCCUUUAGCCCCUCCUCGCUCCGAGCGACAAAGCGCUUCGGGCAGAACGUCCUUGGCCGAAGACCGUACUCAACUCCUUCUUCCUCCGAUUGACAGAAAGUUCCAAGGAGCAGCUAAUAAUCCGUCUCAUCGGAAAUUUCGGAAUCAAGCCAAUCAGAAGAUGCCUGGGCAAGCUGCACUGCACCAUAACCUUUCCGCCAACCACGGGCUUCUCCUUCGUCACCAUUCCUCACCUUUGUUUGACACUGGGCUGGCGGUGACACAUCAUCCCAGCUCUGUGGACAUUCAUUCUUCUCCCAGAAACCCCAGGAGAAAUGAAAAGCAAGCCGAAAGACAGCAACCCUUAAGAUCUUCCACUACAGGAAGAUGAAACUUUAGGAAUUUUAAAGUUUAAAGCGGGGAGUUAAAAUGGGAGCGAAGACGUCAUUUCCUCGCUUUGUCCAAGACGCUGCGCAAAAUCGUCAAACUCACGUAAGUCAACAACUGAAGAAAAAAAAAAGAAAGAAAGAAAGAAAGGAAAGUGCAGGUUCACUUUACAGAUGUGUCUAGCCGUGUCCUUCUUCCUUUUGUGUCCAGCUUCUCCAAAUCUGGCUCUCUUGAAUGUUCGGAAAGCAUGAAAUCAAGAAAGCCUGGUCAAUUUCCGUCGUUGAAAACAAACGAAACAAAUCUAUGUUGCCUAUCAGGUGCUUAUUAUUGUUGUUAUUGUUACCGACAGACGAUUAAUUCAAGGGGAUGUGAUUGAAUUCUGUUUUUGGGGUUGAGGGAAGAAGCCAUUCAAAGAUACCAAAGUUUACACUUUUCAAUGGACCGUUGUUGUUGUUUUUGUUUGUUUUUGCCUGUACACCGCGGACGUCCGUCUGAAUUGUAUGACUAAUUUAUCUCCGCAAACAGAUAAUAAGGAAUGUCUAGGCUGCCGUGUACAUAGUGUAUCUUGUGGAGAGAGAAACUGAAAAAGCAGCUUUGUUGUUUUUUUUAAAGAGUUUUCUGCUUUUUCCCUCAUCCGCUUAUUUGUGGACUUGGCAUAUCAGGGUCAGCCCUUAUUUACAUUCCAUGAAUAUGUUUAUUAGCCAGAGUCUGAAAAAAAGAUGGAUAGAUGUGCACUCAAGCAUUACCUUGAAAGUCUGGGCACCUAUAAAAGCGUGUUUGUUUGUUUUUGUUUUUGUUUUAAAUUAAAAAAUCCAGAAGAUCUCUUGUGCCACAUUCAAACCAUCCACUGGGAUUUUAUUUUAUUUUUUUUGCAUGGGUAGCAAGAUCAAGAGAAAGAGACAGUAAUUUAGAAGCGUUAAAACUUGAUAGGAA